CCGGUACCGACCAGACAGACAGACCGUCGUAAUUAUCGCGGCUGAGCCUGAGCCCUCCCUGGCCCGGCUGGAGGGAGCGAGCAUCCAUUUGAUCCCACCGUUUCACCGAGUCCCACAGUUGCUGCUCACUCGCGAGUCGCUCGCUCGCUCGACGCUGACACCAUGCCAGCCGUCGCGACUACCAACCGCAUCGGCGCCGACUACUUGAGAGACCAGCCACCCACCACCACCCCCUUUUGGUCUGCCGCCCCCGGUGGUCUCUCCAUCUUCGUCGCCGUCGUCGUCCUGCGACUCUGCAUCCGCCGAUUUCAGAGAAAGAGGAACAGCAGGACGCCGUCCAAAGUCAGACCCCAGGCGCCCUCCCUCGUCGCUGCUCCCAGGCACCUGCAGCACACCUGCCCUCACCAGCAGCCUCAUGCUGCGCCGUCCGGGACCAUGAGCGAAAAAGAGUCUGAUGACCAGCGGCCGCUCGUCCCCGGGCCCCCGCGGCGCAACACCGGAGGACCAGGCGCCGAGGACGGCAUGCUCCGACAACUCAUCACUCGGCCGCCUCCCGCUCCGCCCUUGACGCCCCCGGAGCUAAGCUCCACAGUCUUCGCGUUCGCGAACCGGCCUCACAGUCCCAGUCACGACAGCCUCAUCCACCAGCCAAACCCAGACUACAUCUCGCUGUCCGCCUCGGGUGCGGGAUCUCCCCCCGACGCCACCGCAGCAUCCGCCCAGCCGAUGAGGCUCUCCUACUCAAGGACCAUCCCCAUCGGUGUGCCCAUCACCCGGCAGUCGUCCGCGUCAGAGUCGGAUACCUACUUCUCUCCCAGCUCCUAUCCUCCCUCCAGCCCGCUCCUGCCCCCGGCGCCUCCCACCGACAUGGCGGCGCACCUGGACACCGACGAGCCUAGCCCGGCACGGGCGCGCGACAUUGAGCUGCGCGGCGAGAUUGUGGGCGUCCUCGACGGCCAGGGCGUCGGCUGGACACGGCACACCCGCGUGUACGGCGGAGGACCAUGCAUGGCCUGCGCGGCGGCCGGCAGGGCCCACGGUGACGGCGGCUUCUAUGGUCCCAAUGUGAUGCCCGAGGAGAUGCGCUAGGAGGGAGGCGUCAAAAAGGCGAGGUGGGAGAAGACGGAUUGCCCGCGAGGGCCUCAUGACGAUUCACGACAUUUCCUAAGACAAUCAUUUUAUUCAGAGCUGUCGACGUUGACUUGCCAGUUAUCAAUUCUGGCAAAUGGCCGACAGCUACAUAGUUCUUCGAUGUAUAUCUGCAUAUUCUUACUCUGUUUGCUUCUGUUGUGAAUCACCUUAUUGGCCGUGAGACCGUGUCACCAUGGAUGCACGUACAACCCACGAACCCCCCAUCCUUUCUCAUGUACAAGGCCAAUCUUGGUGCGGCCGUUUCCCAGUGACGUGCAUCUGCCGCUCUUGCUAUAGACGGCGCUUACCUC